AUGACCGCCGAAUCCAGCAUCCCGGACCUAGAGAAAGAGAUUUCGGAUCUCGAGUCUCGCCUUCAGAAUGCAAAGUCUCGAUUAGCUUACGCCUCUGCUUCUCCGCAAAUCUCCAAAACCUCCCCACUUCCGGCCGUAUUCUCAGCAUCGAGCCAUGCCCUCCUCCUACUAUCGGACUCUGCCCUCCCCCUGGGCUCAUUCGCCUACUCCAGCGGGCUAGAGUCCUACAUUGCGCAUAACAAGCCUCUUUCACGGGCUAUAACGCCUGUCGCGUCCUUCCACCGCUUCUUGCGAUUAUCCCUAGCGUCAAUGGGUAGCCUCUCGCUACCCUACGUUUUAGCUGGAUACCGGGACCCAACCGACCUCGAAACACUCGAUAACGAUCUCGAUGCCUCGACUCCAUGCCCCGUCGCCCAGCGCGCGAGUAUCGCGCAGGGUCGGGCGCUGAUAGGUGUCUGGGAGCGUGCGUUUAAAGGCGCGUAUGCUGCGUCCAGUAACAGCGCGCAUCGAUCAUGGGAUCAUGCUGCGGUGCAAAGAGGCGCAAGAGCCGUUGAGGAGUUUUCAGACGCCCUGAAAGGGUCUAUAGAUGACGAAUUUGGCCCCAAGGGUCACUUUGCGCCCUUGUGGGGAGUUGUAUGUCUGGCUAUGGGGAUGGAUGCUCGUCAGACGGCGUACGUCUUUAUGCUGAACCAUGCCAAAGCAGUCCUUAGUGCGGCUGUUCGAGCGUCUGUAAUGGGGCCGUAUCAGGCGCAGAAUAUCCUAGCUAGCAAAGUCCUGCAGGAUAUGAUUGUUGAAAGGAUCGACUUGGACUGGCAUACUCCGAUAGAAGAUGCAGGACAAGUAGUACCUCCGUUGGAUCUUUGGGUGGGACGACAUGAGCUACUCUAUAGCCGUAUUUUCAAUUCAUGA